AUGGCAAGACUCACUGAUGAUGCUGACUACGAUGCCGGCGAAACGUCUGAGAAUGCGUCCCCAGGCCUGGUCGUAGCUGUUUUUAUCAGUCUAACCAAAACUGGCGUGGGACCCGAACGACAUUCUGAACCCCCCAAGCCUCUAAACGGAGACCUCGACAAUGCCGAGCCUGAGACCCCCGGACCACCCAUAUGUGGGGCAACCAGCUGCUUGCGGCGAACUCAGUCGGAGCCUGAGCAUGCCGACAUGCGCUCGGUGAUCACGGCAAGUGGACCUUUUCAACAGGGCCGGCUUCCGGCCACCGACCACUUCGCGCAGACGGCCAAUCGGUCGACUCAGUUCUGCUACUCGGAUCACUAUCAACAGCCUCAGCUUCACCAUUUGACUAAUCUACAACAUCAGCAGGCCGCUCAGAACCGGCAAAAUCUUGCUGUCAGGACGCCUCAGUCACCAAUCUCGAGUGCACCCAUGUUGCCUGGCCUGGUGGCUAGUCUAGCUGGAGGGACCCAAGUUUACAUGACACCACCCAGGCCACAUCCGUCGGGAUAUGCCACCGAGCUUGACCAAUCCAUUACAACCGGUUAUGAUGGCGUCACUGAUUGCACCAGCCAAUAUCUUGCUACAAGUAAGUCUCUAUCCAGGGAGCAAUACCUAGCAGUCAACAGAUAUGACUAA